CGUGCGUACACGAGAGAACACAGGUCGAUACAUGAAUAUAUAGGUAGUUUGUUUCAGUUGUGUCAGUGAGAACGCAGGUGGUAUUUCGUGGUGUAUUGCAUCUACUUACUAUCAACACUAUAUAUAGUGAGAUCAGGUUUUGACAUCGGCAGGUUUUGAAUGGUUUACCGAAUAUUGGUUGCCUAAAUUUGCACCGUGGUCUGCCAGAAGCAGCAUAAUUGAUGGCAAACAUGUUUUAUUUGCAUUGUAUAAAUGAGGACCAUCUCAGUUAAUGUGGCUCGCAAACCUUAUCGUUUCUUGGAGUGUUCUGGCUCUCGUUAUCAUUGUGUCCGCCAGAACAACUUAACCUCGAACGAAAUAUGUUCCCACCGAAAGACAUUACCAAGAGGGAUUACAUUAGUUUAAAUAUCCAGGAAAGUGCAACGUCCGUUCGAGGAACAUCACGCAGUCUUUGGAGGCAAUGGAACCAGUUGUCAAGGUUUCAAAGGAAUAUCCUUUACUUUAUAGUCGGUACAAUUAUAUUGAUUAUAUUUUAUUUGUUGCCUGGUGACAGUAAGAGUGGAAUUUUAGAUGAAAGCGAUUACAAUAACAUAGAGGUGGUGCAAGAUACUCUUAAGUAUGAAAAGGCAAUAGAGGAUAUUGUGGUAGACAAUGUAAACCAAGAUCACAAAGAUGGUGGGGAGGUUAUAGAAGAACCUGAAUUUCAACCAGAAAUAAAUCAAGCAGAUGAUGAUCAAAUUGGAGAGCCACCACAGCCCAAGCCAAACACGCUUAAAUUUAAUGGUCCACAGAAUAGUAGACAAAAAGCAGUAGUAGCAGCAUUUAAACAUUCGUGGAAUGGAUACAAAGAAUUUGCCUGGGGUCACGACACUGUGAAGCCUAUCUCAAGAAAAUACCAUGAGUGGUUUGGCCUGGGACUUACUAUAGUUGACUCGCUAGAUACUAUGUAUAUAAUGGGUUUAAAUAGCGAAUUUUUAGAAGCCAAGGCAUGGGUCGAUAAGAGUUUAGUGUUCACUCUAAACAAGGAUGUUAACUUAUUCGAAGUUACAAUUAGAGUAUUAGGAGGUCUAUUAUCGGCAUACCAUUUGUCGGGUGAUAAAAUUUUUUUAAAUAAAGCCACACAAUUAGGCGAUCGUUUGAUGCCAGCAUUUUCCACUUCGUCCGGUGUUCCUUAUUCCGAUGUAAAUCUGGGUACCAACGCUGCACACGGCCCUAAAUGGGGUCCCGAUAGUAGCACCAGCGAGGUCACCUCAAUUCAAUUAGAAUUUCGGGACCUUAGUCGCAGCACAGGGGAACCUAAGUACGAGGAAGCAGUGGCAAAAGUAUCAGAACAUGUACAUCAAUUAGAAAAGUAUGAUGGUUUGGUACCCAUAUUCAUUAAUGCUAACACUGGACAAUUUAGAGAGUUUGCAACAAUCACGCUUGGAGCUCGUGGUGACAGUUAUUACGAGUAUUUACUGAAACAGUGGCUUCAAACUGGGAAGACAAUCAAUUACUUGCGAGAUGAUUAUCUACUCGGUAUUUCUGGAACUCAGAAGCAUCUUGUGAAACGAACAGCGAGUAACAAGUACCUUUUUAUCGCCGAGUUAGUUGGAGCUACUAAGGAAGUAAAACCAAAAAUGGACCAUCUUACGUGUUACUUAGGAGGUACUUUGGCUUUAGGAGUGCAUCAUGGUUUAUCAUCUGAACAUAUGGAUCUUGCAAACGAACUGGUGAAAACUUGUUAUCAGACAUACGCGAUUCAUCCAACAUUUCUUGCACCAGAGAUUACUUACUUUAAUAUUCAGAAUGUAAAGGAUGAAAAACCAAUGGACAUGUACGUAAAGAUACAUGACGCUCAUAACCUAUUGAGACCAGAGUUCAUUGAAAGUCUGUUUUACAUGUGGUACUUUACCGGAAAUAAAACAUUCCAAGACUGGGGAUGGCAAAUAUUUCAAGCUUUUGAAAAUUAUACAAAAGUGGAAAAGGGCUACACUAGCAUUGGUAAUGUACGAAAUGUUUUACAUACUCGACAGCAAGACAUGACUGAGAGUUUCUGGUUCGCUGAAACUUUGAAGUAUUUGUACUUGUUGUUCGAUGAUACGAGGCAACUAAUAGAUCUGGAUAAGUGGAUAUUCAAUUCUGAGGGACACCCGCUACCCAUAUACGAAUCGUAACCAAGUGAGAAAACAGUCUCGUAUAUAGAUUCGCACCGUCAGUAGUAGAAUACUAAAUAUUUUUCAAGGCCAGUCAAUAGAUAUCAUAACGAUAAAAUAUUAGUCUGAUUCAAUUUGUCUUCUAGCAUCAGUUUCCAAACGAUUUCAUUUUUUUUUCUGCAUUUUUCUAUCGUAUUGGGCUGUAACAAGAAGCACAGAAGACAUUGUACAUUU